AUGGCAACUGAGCCUGCAUCCAUUCGCAACAACCCUACAUCCAUUCGCCACAACAGCAGUCGUGCCUGCUGCAUUCCCAUUAUUGCAAUAGUCAUGUUUAUCUUCAACAACAGUUUCUUCAUCGGCUCUGAUGGCGCCGGAGCUCAGUUUAUCCAUGCAGCUGCCCCUGGCGUCACCUUGGCCGAUAUCCUUGAGCCUGCCUACGUUUCUCCGAUCGUCCAUUCUUUUUUCCCACUCGAUGGAACUCAGAACUGCAAUGGCGUUUCGGAGCCGUUGCUGGCAGUGCAAGUGACUGAGCUUGUUGAUGGCGUCUUUAUUGGUUGCACUAGCAGUCACAUGAUUGUGGACGGCACAUCCUUCUGGCAUUUCUUUGAUUCAUGGUCGGAAAUCUCUCGGGGUUCCAAUGAAAUAACCCUAUCUUCUGCUCUCGAUCGCUGGUAUGAGAUCAAGGCUACGUCCACCAUUUCCCCUGCAAUAUUUUGGGGCUCUAGUUCAGCUGGGAGUGGUUACAUGAAAGUAGGGGAGCUACUGAUGCUGGGUCUGGGUCAUGCGGCUUGGCAGUUGAACAAGGUGAUUGCUACUUACACUGAAGCAGAAGCCAUCAACUACUUGGAAUCUUGGGUGAAGAACCCUAAGCCAUUUUCAGUUAGGAAUAAAAUAAUCAGGGAUUCUUUGUUAGCGAGUAGUUCGCCCAGGUUCAAUGUGUAUGGUAAUGAUUUUGGCUGGGGAAGGCCAGUUGCGGUUAGAAGUGGAAGUGCCAACAAGACAAGUGCUAAGACCACCUUAUUUCCAGGGGCAGAAGAAGGGAGCAUGGAUAUUGAAGCUUUCUUGGUGCCUGAAAUCUUGCAGUCUAUGAUAGAAGAUGCAGAGUUCGUGGAAACUCUCACCAUUUGA